AUGUCGCGACCUGAUUGUCUGGGUCGUGUGCGUGGGACUACCCACCGCAUAGCACUUGCACACUCUCACAAACGUGCUCAAGCACUUGCACACUCUCACAAACGUGCUCAAGCCCUUGCACACUCUCACAAACGUGCUCAAGCACUUGCACACUCUCACAAACGUGCUCAAGCACUUGCACACUCUCACAAACGUGCUCAAGCACUUGCACACUCUCACAAACGUGCUCAAGCACUUGCACACUCUCACAAACGUGCUCAAGCCCUUGCACACACUCACAAACGUGCUCAAGCCCUUGCACACUCUCACAAACGUGCUCAAGCACUUGCACACUCUCACAAACGUGCUCAAGCACUUGCACACUCUCACAAACGUGCUCAAGCCCUUGCACACUCUCACAAACGUGCUCAAGCCCUUGCACACUCUCACAAACGUGCUCAAGCACUUGCACACUCUCAAACCCUUGCACACUCUCACAAACGUGCUCAAGCACUUGCACACUCUCACAAACGUGCUCAAGCCCUUGCACACUCUCACAAACGUGCUCAAGCACUUGCACACUCUCACAAACGUGCUCAAGCCCUUGCACACUCUCACAAACGUGCUCAAGCACUUGCACACUCUCACAAACGUGCUCAAGCCCUUGCACACUCUCACAAACGUGCUCAAGCACUUGCACACUCUCACAAACGUGCUCAAGCCCUUGCACACUCUCACAAACGUGCUCAAGCCCUUGCACACUCUCACAAACGUGCUCAAGCACACAAACGUGCUCAAGCACUUGCACACUCUCACAAACGUGCUCAAGCACUUGCACACUCUCACAAACGUGCUCAAGCACUUGCACACUCUCACAAACGUGCUCAAGCACUUGCACACUCUCACAAACUUACGCAAACUUUUCCCUUCAAACACUGA